CCAAAAUCACACCUGCCAAUGAUUCCCUCUCAAUCUCACUCUCACUCUCACUCUCUUUCCCUUUGAUUCUCAAAAAGCAAUUCAAACAAAGCAAUCCAUUUUGAUUUUGCUUUCUGGGUUCCGUUUUUCCUGAAACUCCCCCAAUUUACUGCAUCUCAAUCAAAACAGCUCCCGACCCAGCUUGUUUUUCCCUCUAAUGGCGGACUGACGGUUCAUCUCUGCUCUUGGUUCCGCUUCGAUUGGAUUCUUUCCGCCGCGGGGAGUGAGUGGGUGAGAUUUGGUAAUUUCUGUAAUGUGGGUGUGGGGGUUUGGUGUAGUGAAGGUCGGUGAAAUCGCCUCAGGUUUUGGAGGGAGCAGCGGCGGAGAUGAAGCGCUACUGCUCUACAUAUUUUUCGAACAAAUUUAGAAGAUCCGAACAAUGUUCUGCAGAGUUGGGACCCCACCCUCGUUAAUCCAUGUACUUGGUUUCAUGUCACCUGCAACAAUGAAAAUAACAUUAUAAGAGUCGACCUUGGAAAUGCUGGAUUGUCUGGUAAAUUGGUACCACAGCUUGGUCAACUCAAAAGUCUUCAAUACUUGGAGCUUUAUGGCAACAACAUAAGUGGAGAGAUUCCUGAUGAUCUUGGGAGUCUGGAAAACUUGGUGAGCCUAGACCUUUACUUGAACGGUUUAACUGGCUCGAUUCCAGACACGUUGGGCAAGCUCACACAAUUGCGUUUCCUUCGGCUCAACGACAACCACCUAUCUGGAUCGAUACCGAUGUCCUUGACCAAUCUUUCUACCCUACAAGUCUUGGAUCUAUCAAACAACCUUUUAUCCGGAAAAGUUCCAAAUAAUGGCUCAUUUUCACUAUUUACUCCCAUCAGUUUCGCCAAUAACUUGGAUCUAUGUGGUUUGGUAACUGGGAAACCCUGCCCUGGGUCUCCUCCUUUUUCUCCACCGCCACCCUUUGUUCCACAGUCAACAUUUUCUUCCCAUGAAGUAAACAAUUCAAACGGAGUGAUUGUUGGAGGAGUGGCUGCCGGUGCUGCAUUACUUUUCGCGACUCCAGCAAUUAUAUUUGCCUAUUGGCAUCGGAGGAGAUCACAAGAACUAUUCUUCGAUGUCCCCGCUGAAGAAGAUUCAGAGAUCAGCUUGGGGCAGCUCAAAAGGUUUCCUCUUAGAGACUUGCAAGUUGCCACAGAUAACUUCAGUAACAAAAACAUUCUCGGCCGAGGUGGAUUUGGUAAAGUGUACAGGGGACGCCUGGCUGAUGGCUCAUUAGUAGCAGUAAAAAGGCUCAAAGAAGAGCGUACACCAGGUGGAGAGUUGCAGUUCCAAACCGAAGUAGAGAUGAUUAGCAUGGCUGUGCAUCGGAAUCUUCUGCGACUACACGGAUUUUGUACAACAUCAACCGAACGCCUUCUUGUUUAUCCCUAUAUGGCUAAUGGAAGUGUUGCUUCAUGUUUAAGGGAGCGUCCGCAAUCCGAACCUCCUCUCGACUGGCCAACUCGAAAGAAAGUUGCACUAGGCUCUGCAAGGGGGCUAUCUUAUCUACAUGACGGAUGUGAUCCGAAAAUCAUCCAUCGCGAUGUGAAAGCUGCAAACAUUCUAUUGGAUGAGGAGUUCGAGGCAAUCGUUGGCGAUUUUGGUCUGGCAAAACUAAUGGACUACAAGGAUACACACGUUACAACAGCGGUACGGGGUACCAUUGGGCAUAUAGCCCCGGAGUAUCUCUCCACUGGGAAGUCGUCGGAAAAGACCGAUGUUUUUGGUUAUGGCAUUAUGCUGUUGGAGCUCAUAACUGGACAGAGAGCUUUCGAUCUCGCUCGACUAGCAAACGAUGAAGACGUAAUGCUGCUUGAUUGGGUGAAAGGGCUUCUGAAAGAGAAGAAGUUGGAGAUGUUGGUUGAUCCUGAUCUGAAGGAAAAUUACGACGAAAUUGAAGUUGAGCAAAUAAUCCAAGUAGCUCUUCUCUGCACGCAGAGCUCGCCCAUGGAGCGGCCGAAGAUGUCGGAUGUCGUGAGAAUGCUCGACGGAGACGGGCUGACGGAGAGAUGGGAGGAAUGGCAGAGAGUGGAGGUGGUGUACCAUGAAACAGAAUUGGCUUCUUCUCAAACUUCUGAAUGGAUGAUCGAUUCUACAGAAAAUGUUCGUGCUUUUGAAUUAUCGGGUCCUAGGUGAAUUACAGUUUCAUACACAGAACUUUUUUUUCUUCUUUGAUUUAGAGUGCUCACUUCUUGAUUUGCUUCACAAAACAUGUGUAUAGGAACCUUCUUUGAGCAAAAUAUGUAGCGUAUACAUAGCUGAGUUUCCAAAAACACAUUUUUUCAACGUGGUUUGAUUUCUCAA